AUGCGUAAACCAUACAGUGAAUAUCGAAUGUUUGUGCAUCUUUUCGGUGCAACUUCAUCUCCAUGUUGUGCAGGUAAAGCACUGAAACAGAGAGCUGAUGAUUGUGAAUCAUCCAACAGCGACGAGAUAGGAAAACAAGCCAUUGAAGUCAUUAGAACUAGCUUCUAUGUGGAUGAUUGCCUUGCCACAGCAAAGGACAACCAGACUGCCAUUAGGUUGGUGAGUAGAUUAACCAACAUCUUACGUCAGAGUGGCUUCCAGCUUACAAAAUGGCUAAGCAAUGAACGAGAAGUUAUUGACAGCGUACAAGAGACUGAGCGAUCUCCAUCUGUUUCACUUUCACUUGACGAACUGCAUACAGAGCGGACUCUAGGUGUAUGUUGGAACGCAGGUAAGGACAGCUUUACAUUCCAACUAGCGACCAAAGAAAAACCAGCGACUCUAAGAGGAUUGCUCUCAAUUACCAGCUCGAUCUUCGACCCUUUAGGUAUGGCUGCUCCAUAUGUUUUAUUAGCUAGAUCCCUCCUUCAGGAGGUGUUUAGGAGAGGUGCGGAUUGGGACGAGCCGUUGACCGACAGUGAAAGGGCGACCUGGAACAAAUGGAUGGAACGGACAUCAAUCAGAUGCUCAACUGCAUAUAUUCUGUGA